CACAACUAGGAAACAAUUGCAAGCACAGAAAAACCAACAAAAACAUGGCCAAAUUAAUGUUGUUCCUCACUUAUGCAGCAAUACUAUCUGCAGCCAUCCAUGGUAGCCAUGCAGUCCAAUACACGGUCACCAAUAGGGCUGCAACCACCCCCGGUGGAGCCCGAUUCACCCGGCAAAUUGGAGCUCAGUACAGCAAGCAAACUCUAGACUCGGCCACCAGUUUCAUUUGGAGAACUUUCCAACAGAACACUCCAUCGCAAAGGAAAAAUGUUCCGAAAGUUAGCUUAUUCAUCGACAACAUGGAUGGAGUCGCAUAUGCGAGCAAUAACGAAAUUCACGUCAGCGCCCGAUACAUUCGAGGUUACUCGGGCAACGUUAAACGAGAAAUAACCGGAGUUCUAUAUCACGAAAUGACGCACAUAUGGCAAUGGAAUGGAAAAGGCAGAGCCCCAGGAGGUCUUAUAGAGGGAAUUGCUGAUUAUGUGAGGCUUAAGGCCGGCUAUGCACCAAGCCAUUGGGUGA